ACAUUAGCUAUACAACGCGUCGCACUGGACAGCUGUAUAUUGGGCCCCCCAUUCUGGGAGUCAGUGCAUAGGAUUAAGCCAAAGGAAUCGGUCAUAGAGCGAGAAAAUUAAGCCAACAAAAUCUUCGGGAAAUAUAUUACAGCUUCAUUUUUGGCUUAUCAAAUCAAUACUUUGCUCGUGCUAAAACAAAAAUAAAACUGGACUACAAUGACACGAUUCCAGAAUUGUGAGCAGGAAUUGCAACGGCUUGAGGCAGAAGUGCGUACAGUCCGCAUUUUAAUACUGGGUGACCCAGGAGUUGGAAAGUCAUGUUUGACCAACUUACUGGCUAGCAGCGCGAUCACGCCAACACGCUCCUCCAGAACCGUUGCCAACAGAGAAUGGACCGUCCAAGCGCGUCUGCACGAGUACCCCAUCAUGGGACAUCUGCCACUCACUCCAGAGUGGACGUCGCCCUCCUCUUCGGAGCGCUCAAACCAAUGGAUGUUCCCCAGAGAACCGCCACCAGCUUCUAGUGUGAUAUAUUUCGUAGAGUUCUACGAUAAGAACAGCUCAGUCAGCAAGAGUCGAGUGGACAGACAUCCCUUGUACAAGAAUAUGGACGGAAUCGUCUUGGUUUAUAAUAUGAAGGACAUGGAAUCCCAGGAUCAUUUGCACGACUGGAUAUACGGCCCACUAAUCGAGAUAAGCCAGCACCGGCACAAAAAACGCAAACGUAUAUUAGACCGUCAUCAUGUGCCCAUCCUAGUCGUGGGCACCAUGUUGGAUACGCUGCGCACGCGCCCACUACGACGCUGUGGAACCAUUGCUCAUCAAUUGGGGGCUGAGGAGAUAUUCCUUAAUUGCCUGAAUCCAGACUUAAUGGCUGAAAAAACCCGCAACUACGGAAAAGUGUGCCAAUUCUUGAAUAGGGCCGUCGACUUUAAGAUGAAUACCAAAUGAAUACUUUACGUCAAAUAUGUAUGCCAUAAUAUAUAUAUAUAUAUUUGGAAGA